ACUUCCGCUGUGCUCCACCAGAAGAGGAGACGAUGUACGUGAGUGAUGUAAUGUCGCCUGCCCGCUGACCACGGAUGGCUGUCUGUGCCAGGCUGUGCGGUGUGGGUCAGUCGCGGAGGUGCCGGAGGCGACCGCGGCAGAACCAGCAAGACCAAAGCAGCGAUUCGGACAUGGACGAGGAGGAAGAAGAGCGGAUCGUGGGUCAGCGGCGAGGCGACGCCGGCGCAGAGGCCCCAGACGGCGGCGUCAACACCGCGGGGCCGAGUCGGGUGCACUGCAGCGGGGCUGGCAGCAAACGACACGGCGUGGGACUGCCGCACCCGCAGGUUUUGUCGGAAUUACCGCCGGAGCUUUUAGUGGAGAUAUUCUCCCUGCUUCCCGGAAUUGCACUACCGAAUGUCGCCCUCGUCUGCAAGACGUUUAGACAGAUUCUCAACACUGAAACCAUCUGGAGAAGACGCUGCGUGGAAGAAUUCCACAUGAAGGAAGAUCUGAGGAAGAUGGAAUCGGGAGGAGUUUCUAGCCGUGACCUCUAUGUGAAACGUGUUAACCCACGAGUGAAGUCGGGGCGCUUUAUGAAGUUCCUACCGGACUACGAGCAUAUGGACUAUAAAGACGUGUACAUGCACUUGCUUCAUCCAUACAGACAUAUAUUAGGCCUAUGGCAGCCUGACAUUGGCCCUUAUGGAGGAUUACUCAAUGUUGUGGUGGAUGGGCUGUUCAUCAUCGGCUGGAUGUAUUUGCCACCGCAUGACCCUCGUGUGGAAGAUCCCAUGAGAAGACGACCGCUCUUCCGUAUCCACAUGUGGGACAACAAAAAGGCCACUGUGGAGUGCAUGUAUGGACACAAGGGUCCCCACAAAGGAGACAUCCAGACCGUUAAAAAGGAUGAAUUCUCAACGAAAUGUAAUCAGACAGAUCAUCACCGCAUGCCAGGAGGCAGGCAAGAGGAGUUCAGGACAUGGUUGGAGGAAGAAUGGGGCCGGACGCUAGAAGAAAUCUUCCACGAGCACAUGCAGGAGCUCAUCCUGAUGAAGUUCAUAUACACCAGCCAAUAUGACAACUGCCUGACAUACCGGCGCAUCUACUUGCCACCUGCAAUGCCGACUGACUUGACUCAGCCGGGCCUCUUCAAAGGCACCUAUGGCAGUCACGGCUUGGAGAUCGUCAUGCUCAGCUUCCACAGGAACUCUGCACGAGCCACCAAACUCACUGGAGACCCCAACGUUCCUGCUGGGCAACUGACUUUGGAUGUUGACUUGAGCCAGCCUCUACUCCUCCCGGACUUGGAACAUCAGCGCAAUGUGGAGGAGCUGUCACGACUCGUACUUGGGGUACACCAACAAGUACGGAGCGAGGCGAGAGAGGACACUACCGCCCCGGUGAGAGUCCCAGCAGAGGGAGCAUGCGGCGGUGUUAGCUCAGCAGAAGGGCUUGAGGUCAAUCAUGGCGUUGGUUCAGACGGUUGCCAGGCGGGUCCAAGCGGAGACACCGGUCCUCCUGAGACGCAGCCCUUCAUUCUGCCUCUAGGAGUCAUGGCUCGAAAUGAGGUGUAUCCUCGCACCUGCAGAAAAUGCUUCUACGGGACAGGCCUGAUUGCAGGACAUGGCUUUACAAGUCCCGAGCGCACCCCUGGCCUCUUCGUGCUGUUUGACGAGGAUCGUUUCGGAUUCAUCUGGCUGGAGUUGAAGUCGUUCAGUCUCUACAGUCGCCUGACGGACGGCCUCGCCCACGCACACGCCCAAAACAUGGAGCAAUUCGAAGCCAUGCUCCGCAACAUGCAGUCUUGGACAUCCUGAUGAUCCCAGCUUUAGGUCCCUUCCGGCAAUGCAAUGCAUAAUAAUAAUAAUAAUAAUAAUAAUAAUAUACAGUACAUUAUACCCAAGUAACCUCCUCCCGCAACGUUACAAUAUAUAUUAGCUCAUGACACGUUUUCCAGCUUUUAUCUAUACAUGUUUGUCAAACAUUUAAUUUAACUGUCCAAUCAAGGCAGUUUUAUCUCGCAGACCUAAGCAAUCCCUUUGGAAGGCCAGUGCAGCAUGACAACGGGUCACAAUAUUUAUUUAUUUAUUCCCUCCAGGAAAAACAGGAGCGAUAUUUCAUGCCACUUCUUAUGGAGCAAACUGUAUGUGCCUCUGAUUUUAAAACCGUGUGUGUGAAGCUAAUGCAUUUCAAUUCAGUGCCCGGUAUGCUCCAUUAUACACACAUGCUGGUUUUGGUUUGUCACUUUAGUUUGCUACAGUACAUAAUCCCUGCGGAAAAAAAAGACAGCUUCUCAGGUACCUUUUUCUUUGGGCCACAAAAUUGUUUUAAUCAGUUUUAAUCCUGAAUAAUUUCAUUAUUAAAGCAAGAUGUGUAACAGG